AGCCAGCAGCCAGUCCUCGCGAGGUUUGGAGUUUUGGCGAGAGUUUGUGGAAGAUGGCGCCUGUUGUGACAGGGAAGUUUGGGGAGCGGCCACAACCCAAAUAUCUCACAAGGGAAGCAAUGCGGAAUUACUUAAAAGAGAGGGGCGAUCAGACUGUACUUAUCCUUCAUGCUAAAGUUGCACAGAAAUCCUAUGGGAAUGAAAAAAGGUUUUUUUGUCCACCUCCUUGUGUUUAUCUCAUGGGCAGCGGAUGGAAGAAAAAGAAAGAGCAAAUGGAGAGGGAUGGCUGUUCAGAGCAGGAGUCUCAGCCGUGUGCAUUUAUUGGAAUCGGUAACAGUGAACAAGAAAUGCAACAACUAAAUUUGGAAGGAAAGAACUAUUGCACUGCCAAAACAUUGUACAUAUCCGACUCUGACAAGAGAAAGCACUUCAUGUUAUCAGUAAAAAUGUUUUAUGGCAAUAGUGACGACAUUGGUGUGUUCCUGAGCAAACGGAUCAAGGUCAUCUCCAAGCCAUCUAAAAAGAAACAGUCACUGAAAAAUGCUGACUUGUGUAUUGCAUCGGGGACUAAAGUAGCACUAUUCAAUCGGCUGCGAUCACAGACCGUGAGUACGAGAUAUUUACAUGUAGAAGGAGGGAAUUUCCAUGCCAGCUCGCAGCAGUGGGGAGCUUUUUUUAUUCACCUCCUGGAUGAUGAAGAAUCUGAGGGAGAGGAAUUCACUGUGCGUGAUGGUUACAUUCACUAUGGGCAGACUGUAAAACUUGUAUGUUCGGUGACUGGCAUGGCACUCCCUAGACUGAUAAUCAGGAAAGUUGAUAAACAAACAGCACUGUUAGAUGCAGAUGAUCCAGUGUCCCAGCUCCAUAAAUGUGCUUUCUACCUAAAGGAUACUGAAAGAAUGUACUUGUGCCUUUCUCAGGAAAGAAUUAUCCAGUUUCAGGCCACUCCAUGUCCCAAAGAACCAAACAAAGAGAUGAUUAAUGAUGGCGCAUCUUGGACAAUCAUUAGCACAGACAAGGCUGAAUAUACAUUUUAUGAAGGCAUGGGGCCAGUAUAUGCACCAGUGACUCCUGUUCCUGUUGUAGAAAGCCUUCAGUUGAAUGGCGGCGGGGAUGUAGCGAUGCUGGAACUAACAGGACAGAACUUCACUCCAAAUUUACGUGUCUGGUUUGGUGAUGUGGAAGCGGAAACAAUGUACAGAUGUGCAGAGACUAUGUUGUGUGUUGUUCCUGACAUUUCUGCUUUCCGAGAAGGUUGGAGAUGGGUGCGUCAGCCAGUACAAGUGCCAGUUACAUUGGUCCGAAAUGAUGGCAUAAUUUAUUCCACCAGCCUUACUUUCACAUAUACACCAGAGCCUGGACCCAGACCACAUUGUAGUGCAGCUGGGGCAAUCUUACGAGCCAAUUCAAGUCUUCUGGCCUCCAACGAAACCAUUAUAAACAUUGAUGGAACUUACUCAAAUUCAACCAAUGUCACAUCAUCCACGGCAGCAGUAGUAUCCUAACCACAGACUUUUUGCACCUGGACUUAAGCUAACUUUUUAUGUUUUUACAUGGAAGGACAUGUAUAAUAUAUAUUUUUUUUCCAUCUUGUAUUUUUAUUUUGUGCUUUUGUGGGAAAAUGUCUCCCCAUUCUAAUUCAUAUUGCCUGGAUCUUGUGAACUGCAAGUGCCGAGCAAGAAGUAGA